AUAAAAGGCAAUAAUGGAAACUUUCCUUCUUCUUCACAAUUCUUCGCGGCUUCUUUUAGCUUCUAAGCUUCAGAGCAGCAAAAAAAAAACAAUGGAGAAGCGCCGGAGAUAGAUCUGCUUUCUUCCAUUCUCCGGACCUUCUCUAGUUCACGAACCAACUUCUUCCACUUUAUUCUCGUAAGCUUCUUCCACUUUAUUCCUAAUUCUUGACUCUCAAGAUUCUUGGUACUUGGUAGGUAGGGAGACAUAUAGAGAGGGUUUAGGUUCUUGAUUAGGAAUUAGUUCACCUGCUUGAAAUUUACUCUACAUACGUCUUCUAUUUCAAAACCCUAUUCAAAGUUACCAUUUUUAUGCACAUCAUCAUCUUCAUUGCAGAUUCGUUGGAGAAAUGGACUCUCUCGCAACCGAUCCAGCUUUCAUUGAUUCGGAUGUAUACCUCAGGUUAGGACUUAUUAUUGAGGGCAAACGAUUGAAAAAGCCACCGACUGUUCUCUCACGCCUCUCUUCUUCUCUGGAGAGAUCUCUGUUACUCAAUCAUGAUGACAAGAUUCUGCUUGGAUCGCCAGACUCUGUUACCGUGUUUGACGGGAGAUCUCCCCCUGAGAUCAGUAUUGCACACUACUUGGAUCGCAUUUUCAAGUACUCUUGCUGCAGUCCCUCCUGCUUCGUCAUUGCGCAUAUCUACAUUGAUCACUUUCUCCAUAAGACCCGAGCCCUUCUCAAACCCCUUAAUGUCCACCGCCUUAUCAUUACAACUGUCAUGUUAGCUGCUAAAGUCUUCGAUGAUAGGUAUUUCAACAAUGCAUACUACGCAAGAGUGGGAGGUGUGACUACGAGAGAGUUAAACAGAUUGGAGAUGGAGUUGUUGUUUACCCUUGACUUCAAGCUUCAGGUAGAUCCUCAGACGUUUCACACACACUGUUGUCAGUUAGAAAAGCAGAACAGAGACGGCUUCCAGAUCGAGUGGCCCAUAAAAGAAGCAUGCCGAGCCAACAAAGAGACUUGGCAGAAGAGGACACCCGACUCACUCUGCUCUCAAACCACAGCACGCUGAUCGGCAAGGGUAAGAUAGGAUUAUUUUGUGUUUUAGUAGUGAUGAUUCUUUUGCAUGAUUGAUUGUUUGUGACAAUUGUGUGUAGUAGAAAAUCUGAAAAUUUCUACCAACUCAUUCUUUAAGAAGUUGCUAUAAUAUAGUUUCCUUGAUACUGGUUAAACUACUAAAUAGAUCUCUACUUUACAUCAAACCGCAACUAUUCCAUCUGCUGCUGCAUUUCACAUUAGCGACAGGAGGCUCUGCUGCUUUGCCAUUACAAGGAGUAUCGUUAAUCUUGGGCGGUGGUUAAGCAGCAGUAGCAGGAGCCUCAACAUUACCACAAGCACCUGAACCACCACCGCCAUUGCUAUUCUUAGGGUCAGAGGACGGUGGUGCGAUUGGAGAUAGUGAGUCCCGUGAGUGGUAGCCCCUGGGAUCAUCAUGUGACUCCUUAAACGUUAUACUGAUGACCCUCUUGUCGGUAAUCUUUCAUGUGUUUGAUCCCACUAGCGUUUUUGUCAAGCAAGUCCUGUAGGUGUACGGUCUGGUCAAAGGUGCUGACAUGGACCUGACGUCGGCAAGUUGAUGGCAUGGCGAGCGGAGUUGCCAUAGAAAUGUCAUCAGGAGACUCUGGUUCAGGUUCCCACAAAAGCUCGGCUCUUUUGCCGGUUAAUAUCAGUGUUCACUUCUAUCGUCCCUUCGUUUGCAUUAACCUUGAUGGAAUGCACUCCUAAUCAUAAAUCCACCAUUGCUAAUUAUAUAUAUCAGAAACGGUAGUAAAUAUAUGCAUAAUCAAUCACCUUCA